AUGAUUGCACUUAUUUAUAUUACUAUCGCUUUGACAGCAAUCUAUUUUUUAUUUAAUUUUUUAAAAGCCGACUCAAAUGAUCGAGCUAGGCCUCAGGUAAAUCUAGAAAAAACACCAGAAGAAAUGUCAAUGCCUAUUUAUCGGCCAUUUAAAGAUGGGCCAUUUCAAAUGACUAUGGGUCUUCAAUCGUUGUCUACUCAUGAAUGGAUUCAAAUUGACCCAAAUUAUCGUCAACAACUUCAACUUAAACAAAGAUUACUAAAUAGUCCUCGUCGAAAUGAUUUAUUCGUGUACAAAGAUGAAGCAUAUGCUGCUUCAAUGGAAACAUUGAAAAUGUUAAUUGCAUAUCUUCCAUUUAAAUAUCCAAAUAUGUUUCAAAGGAAUAAUUCUAAAACCAAAAUAAUGAAUCUUAUUACUAAACAAACAUUUAAUUUAAUCGAAUCUGCUCAUCUACAUCCAUUAGAGAUAGCUGCAUUUCUCGUACAAGAAGAUCUUGUGAUCAUGCAACGAGAUCCAACUGGAGAAAUAUAUCAUGCAAAUGCUUUAGCAGUUUGCUUUCCGUCUGGAUGGUUACCAAAGUCAAAAUUCGGUUCAUCAUUAGCAGCAAUUCAUAUGCCACAAGUGCCAUUUUUUCAAGAGAAACUACGAACAUCAAUGGAGAGAUAUUUUCUUAAUUUAAAAGAAGAGAAACCUGUACAACGUGUCAAUUGGACUUUACAAAUUGGUGAUGAUCUUUGUCAUACAGAAAUAGAAGAUAAUCAAAAUGAAACAAUAACGAAAGAAAAUGCAGGUCAAUUAAUGUAUCUUCGUUGUGAAAGACAAACUUUAAGACGUUUACCCGAAUCAGAUACGAUUCUGUUUACAAUUAAAACAUAUAUGACGAAAAUUGAAGAUCUUUGUCGGAAUGAUGCAAAGAUGGCUAAAAAAUUAGCUGGUGCUGUCAGAAAUUGGCCACCAGAAAUGAUUCAGUAUAAGGGUGCUGAUCAAUACAAAGAUGGUCUUCUUGGUUAUCUAGACAUAGUUGCAUCCAUAUAA